UAUUAAUUACCUUCAUGUUACAGAAAAUUUUUUUUCUCUUUGGUACGUAAAGGAUAAGAGGGAAGGGUAUAAUUAAUAGGAAAAUGAUGAUGAUGAUAUUGUGUCCAAAAUGAUAUCUAAGCACUAAAUGUCGCACAUCCAAACAAUGUACUGUGCCAUCUCUUUUGCCAAGCUUCUCUAGGAUUUCAGUCAGACGAUCACAGUUUGUCCGUACGCAGCUACCUCGCAGAAGUCACUCCUCCAUUCAGGACCCACAUACUUGUAAUUUUGUAGGCCAUUACCCUUCUCAAAGAAACAACAAGAGUAGCUGUAGCUACACAUUUAGCACCAAAAGGUGGAGUAGCCAUCAAUUAAUUCAUCUUCCAGGCAACCUUCUAAAUACAGAUGCAUGGUUCUAACAUCUAGAUUUUGGCUCUUUAACCUUGAUUUUAGACUUUCUUUCAUUCUGUCUCCAAGUCCAAUCAUCCUCUCCUAAUUCCUCCUUGUCAAGGCUCCUCUCCAGGCUUUUUUUUAUCUCUCCUUGCAGCCUGGAAGCUGAUUGCAGGCUCUUAACUAAGAGUGCAAUGGAGCAAUCACGGUAUUGGAUGUGGACAAAGAGGAGACAUGGUUUGAGUUCUCACCUUCAAGCAUCUAGAAACGCUGCAUAUGAUGAUUCAUGGGAAGAGCAGGCUUUUGCAGAAGAUGCUGCUGGGCCUCUUGGAGGGUGUAUAUGGCCUCCAAGGUCUUAUUCUUGCAGCUUCUGUAGCAGAGAAUUUAGAUCAGCUCAAGCUCUAGGAGGUCACAUGAAUGUCCACAGGAGGGAUAGAGCUAGGCUAAAACAAUCUCCAACUCCCCAUGAUGAAAUUCUUCAUCAUGAUCAUCAAAAUAGUCAGAAUCUCAUUCAAAAUCCCUUUUUACCUAUGGGUUUUCAUUACCAACCUGAUGAGGUUCGCAACUUUGUCUAUAACCCUAACCCUAAUUCUGAUCAUGGUACUCUCCCAUCGCCUUCCUCAACUUCUAGAGUUUCACCUCCACCAACUAUUAUUAAAGAAAAUUUUCCAGAACCAACUUUAGUUCCUCCUUUCUCUUCAGUAACCGUCCAAGAGCACCCCAAGAAGUCCCCUAAGUCAUCCCCAAAAGCAUGGUCAAACUUGGUUGCAGACAGAUAUUACCAUUUCUCUGAUCUAAGGACUGAAGGAGAGAAGAACCCCGGAAAACUAGAAUCUGGAUGUAGGGUUAAAGCAGAUUAUGUCCAAACUGAUUUAUCUGUAAGCUUGAAUCUAGUUGUCCGACGAACACGCCCAACUACAUCUGGUAGUAAAGAAGAGACUGUUGGUUGCAAGAGAAAGAGAACUGAUACACCGACAUUACCAUUCUUCCUGCGGCCGAUUUCAAUUGAAAGACAUCAUCUCCAACCAGCUGAGGUACCUGAUCUUAGCCCUAGCUCAGUUGAUGAUAUAGAUCUUGAGCUAAGGCUUGGUGACCGUCCUAAGGUAAAGUAGUUUGAUCAGAAGACCAUACUUAAAUGGAUUUAUAACUGCCUUUCUUCAAUCUUAUGUUGUCUGUAACCUCAUUUCCAUUUGAUAUUUUUCCUUCCCUCCGGAUUUCUCAAGAGACUUCUUUGCUUCGAAUUUGAUGAGUUAGCUCUCUCUAAAUCUUUAUGAUCUCACAGGGUGUAACAAAAAAUUAUAUAUAUAUAUAUAUAUAUAAAUAUAUAUCCAUGAAGAGGAUUGAAAAGUACUCCUUUCCUGAUAGAAAUACUAUCAUCACCAUGCAUAUGAUCUUAGCUUGCUCUUGAAAAUAAUAUUGUAGAUAUAAAGCAUAGACAAUAUUG